UUCACCCCCCCCCCCCCCCCCCUAUGCCGCUGCUGGGUUUGUGUGGUGGGGAAGUUUCUGAUGAAACCGUUGAUCGAGGUGUAUUGUCGUUAUGACUGUUUCAUUGAUUCCUCGAAGUAUUUGCUCUGAAAACCAAAACACGCAAAGUUUCAAUGAGACCCUGUUUUUUUUCAAUCGUCAGCCAGUUUUCAGUCAGCUGAUGCACACCUAACCAAAACUUUGCAGCAGACGACCCUUCUACUCAGACUUCGGACCAAUAUAUUAACUUACAUGUGUAUGUUUUUUGAUGAAUGACAGCUCGUGCUUAUUGCCUAGACAUGACUAUUUCCUGGAGAGUCUUAUUACCACUGUGCGCCUUUGGAUUCCUUAAAGAAUUUCGUCCUUCAGAAUCAUUUGUCACUAAUUAUCUUCUUGGACCAGAUAAAAAUUUCACUAAAAGCGAGGUCAACCAGGAUAUAUAUCCAGUUGGAACUUAUUCUAACUUAUCUCUAUUAGUUUUAGUUUUCCUUAUUACUGAUUAUGCUCGUUACAAGCCAGUGAUAAUUUUAGAGGGCGUAGCUGGUGUUCUUACGUAUUGCCUCAUAAUAUGGGGACAAGAUGUGUCAACAAUUCAGGUGGCAGAAGUUUUCUACGGACUAUUUAUGGCCACCGAAGUGGCUUACCUCACUUACAUUUAUGCAAUGUGUGAUAAGCAGGAUUACCAGAAAGUUUCAGGAUAUGUUCGAUCUGGAAUUCUUUUUGGACGCUUUGUGUCUGGUGUUGUUAGUCAGUUGACAGUUGAUUUAAAUGUUCUUAGUUAUCAUCAGCUUAAUUUUCUCACUCUUUCUGGGGUUUCCUCGUCUGUGGUGGUUGCAGUCCUUCUUCCAUCAGUUGAAAAAAGCAUGUACUUUCAUCAGCAAAGUGUUCCACAGUGUGAGAGUAAUCCAGCAUGUGAAGGUUCAACGGCUUCAUUACCAAACCAAGAUCAAGAGAUGAAUGCAUUCGCAGCAAAUACCUUUGAGGAUAUAAAUUUGCAACAACAAGAUUCUCAAAGCAAUGAUAACCAGUUAAACUCAAUUAUUCCCUCACAAACUGGAUCAGUCAUUCCUUCUGCCUUGAGAGCAAUGAAACAUGAUUUUCUCUCAGCUUAUAGUAAUAAUCAUGUUCUGAAGUGGUCUAUGUGGUGGGCCUUGGCCACCUGUGGCUACUUGCAGGUGACCUCUUACAUGCAAAUGUUAUGGCAAGUUUCAGCGGAAAAGAACAAUGUUAAGUUGUAUAAUGGAGUGGUUGAUGCCCUCUACACACUAAUUGGAUCAAUUUCUACGUGGUAUGUUGGGCGGCACAAACUGAACCUUGCCCAUCACACAUAUCUUAUACUGACUUUAUGCUGUCUUCUCCAAGGAACUCUCCUUUUAAUAUCUGCUGGAAUAGUCCACCUCUGGACUCAGUAUAUAUUGUAUAUAUUUUUCAAGAUUCUCUACCACUCCACCAUGGUUUUAGCAAGUUCAGAAGUAGCAAUGCGUCUAGAGGCUGAAUCACAUGCUCUGAUUUUUGGAUUCAACAUGUUCCUUGCAUUAUGCUUCCAAUCCAUUUUCACAUUUGUGGUUGCAGCAAAAGGUGGACUUCAACUACAAAUUCAAAACCAGUUUUAUGUUUAUGGCAGCUACUUUAUUGUUCUUGGAAUUGGGUUUAUUCUGUCCUUGUGUGUUCAACGAGCAUGCAUGCUCAUAUCGCAACAAAGAUGUAACAAGAUGAACCCCUCCGAAUGCCCAUGAGUAUUUUCUUUUUUAGUCGCUACAGUGGUAGUUUAGAUUGAAUCUUUAGUAUUAUCUGUGAUAUUGCUAUUAGCUAGUGAUUAUUAGUGUAUGUUUUAUACAAAGCCUGAAAUGAACUGAAAACUUUUUUAAAAAAAUUCAUACAUACUGUUGGAUAUUCUUAGACUGAA